AUGGGGCUGCUCCCAUUGGAGCUUGACGGAGCUCCCUUCUCCGCCGAGGGUCUGAAGAGCACAAAGCGGGAGCUUUGCCUGGAGUACAUCAACAACUUUCGAGUGCAGUUCGACAAGCUAUACCCUUGUCGGCGACGGCUUUUCCUCACCGCCCCCAACGAGUACGGGGUGGAGAAGUUCGUGUGCACCACUCUCCGCCCGACUCUCCUGCCCUACCGAGACAUUUACGACCUUGACAAGUGUUCCGAGUUCGUCACCAACUUCUUGCACUACGAGCCUCUCGAGAGGCCCACGGAACCACCAAGUUUCUUACCGUCUCCAGGACAGGUUCUAGAAUGGGCCGUCGGAGACUGCUUCGACUUCGCCAUGGUGCUGUGCUCGCUUCUGCUGGGGGCAGGGUACGACGCCUACGUCGUGUACGGCACCGCGCCCGGGUGGAUCACCGUGCGCGACCGAACCAGGACAACCUGCCCGUACAUCGCGUCGACGACGCCCCAAAAGGCUGGUCAAGAGGACCACGAGAACGGGAUCGGCAUGCCGCCUCCCCCGGCAGCGGGGGGUAAGCAACUAGACGACAAAGAAAGCGGCAGCAAGCCAGCAGGCUCCCAGGGAGGCGGUGGCCACCCGGCGGGAGCGGGGGGCGGCGGCGGCGGCUCCGCCACCGCCACCACCACGAGCGACUCCCAACCGAAGUCGGCGCAGGGAGAAGGCGACGGGGACCCCGCGGACGCGGUGGCGGGGUCGUUGCCAGAGGGUGCUUCGGCAGACGAUGCCGGCGGCGGCGGCACCGGGA